GUGUGUGUGUGUGUGUGUGUGUGUGCGCACGUGCAAGUGUGUACGAUUGUGUCAUUUGUAUAUAAGCGAGACCCCCCUAAAUGCUUGGCAAAGUGUCCCUCCUCAAAAAUAGCAAAGCUUUUAGAGAGCCUCCUCCUCCACGCUGAAGACUAAUGGAGGGAAAAGACGAGUGAGGGCGGAUGAGAGUGAUGAAGAGAGAGAGAGUGAGAGUGGAGGGGCGCGAGCGAGAGAGAGAGCGAUCGAGAGAGCGAGAGCGAGCGAGGCUGGGUGAAGGGGACAGAGCGCGCGUCAAGCUCACAUGAACCUCGGCGUCCGCCCUCCUCCACGCGCGGGAUCGCUUUCAGCAGCACGCCGGAAUUUGCACAACAUGAUCCAUCGGAGCACGAAGAAGAUGGCCGUCAACUCCUCAACGCUCGUCCACUGAGAUCUCAGCGAUGAGAGGACACGUCGUGCUUCUUCUUCUCUUCUUGCGCGCCGGCCGCGUGACUUCGCAAGAUCUGCUACUUCGGCCGUCUUCGGGCUUAGCGGCUAAUCCGGACACCGGGCUCACCGUGACGCAGCGGAGGACUCGUGUGGAAGUCGAAGGGCCAAUUGAGGAGGGCUACGCCGCGGAGAGUGAGCACAGAUCGCGGGAUGCAGAUGCGGACGGAAGGAAACCGCAAGGAAGCGGGCGGCCGCGAUCUCGCCGGAAGAGGAGCUGGCUGUGGAACCAGUUCUUCGUCAUUGAGGAGUACCGAGGCCCCGAACCUGUGCUCAUCGGACGGCUGCACACGGACAUGGACCGAGGGGACGGACACACCAAGUACACGCUGGAGGGCGAAGGGGUGGGCUCGGUGUUUGUCAUUGACGGCAAAACGGGCAACAUCCACGUCACCAAGUCUCUGGACCGCGAGGAGAAGGACCAGUACCGCCUGACGGCCACGGCCACCGACCGCCUGACGGGCCGCGCCCUGGAGCCGUCCUCGCAGUUCAUCAUCAGAGUGCAGGACAUCAACGACAACCCGCCCGUCUUCCCCGCCGAGCCCUACAUCGCCACCGUGCCCGAGAUGGCCAACAUAGGCACGUCCAUCAUCCAAGUGACGGCCAGGGAUGCCGACGACCCCACGUAUGGAAACAGCGCCCGGCUGGUCUAUGCUAUCACUGAAGGACACGACUACUUCUCGGUGGACCCGCAGACAGGCAUCCUGAGGACCGCCGUGCCCAACAUGGACCGAGAGACCCAAGAGGAGUACGUGGCGGUACUCCAGGCCAGAGACAUGGGGGGCCACCUGGGGGGUCUAUCGGGCACCACCACGGUCACCGUCAGGCUAAGCGACGUCAAUGACAACCCGCCUCACUUCCGACGCAGUGCAUGGGCAUUCUCCGUGUCAGAGCUGGCGGCGCCGGGCGUGGAGGUGGGCCGUCUCACCGCCACAGACGCCGACGUGGGCGACAACGCGCUAUUGGACUUCACCAUCAUGGACGCUGAGGAGGCGCAGACGUUCAACAUCAGUGCCAGGGAGCGGGAAGCCAUCAUUGUGCUGAACAAACUGCUGGACUACGAGACUCGCAAUUCGUACUCGUUCACCGUGGAGGUCGCCAACCCCCUGGUAGACCCCCGCUACCUGAAGGACGGUCCCUUCAAGGACCAGGCCAUGGUGCGGGUAAUGGUCCUGAACGCCGACGAGCCGCCGCGCUUCUCCCAGGCCCGCUACCAUCUGGACGUGUCGGAGAACUGCCCGCCCGUCUGCUCGGUGGGCCGCGUGCACGCCGUGGAUCCCGACACGGGACAAAGUAGCAACAUCAGGUACUCCAUCGAUCCUCAGUCGGACCCCGAGGCUCUUUUCCGCAUCGCCUCCGACACGGGAUUCAUCAGCACGGUGAUGGAGCUGGACCGAGAGCGAGAGCAGUGGCACAACAUCACUGUCAUUGCCGCGCAGAGGGACAACCCCAAUCUUGUGUCAAGGGUGCUGGUUGCCAUAGAAACACUGGACCAGAAUGACAACGCGCCCGAAUUGGACAGACAAUACACCACAUCGGUUUGCGACUCCACCGCGCCGGGGCAGGUUGUUCAGGUUCUACGCGCUGUCGACCGAGAUCAGGGAGGGCAGGACGCGCCGGUCCACUUCAGCAUCGCGCCCGAGUCCAGUGCCGCCCUCAACCUCUCCAUCAGGGACGGCGGAGGCGUGACGGCCAGCCUAGUGCUGCAGUCGUCCUUGGAGCCGGCGCCCGGAUACUCGUCGUCCUUAGUCAGCCUCUACGUGCCGGUGGUGCUGCGAGACGGCGCCUCGGGCUUGGCCAACACGGCCACGGUCACCGUGACCGUCUGCCCGUGCCUGCGGGGCGGCAUGCGCACGGAGGAGCGCAGCCCCCGGACGCGUGGGCGGCGAUGGGAGCGGCGCGCCGUGUGCCGGCCGGCGCCCUCCGCUUCGCCCUCGGUCGUCUUCACCCUGGUCAUCCUGAUGGCGGCGCUGGCCUGCGUCACCACUCUGCUGGUGGUGUGCGCGCUGUCCCUGUCACUGAGACGUCAGAAACGAGACGCCCACUCUUCCUUGGAGGACGACGACAUCCGGGAGAACAUCAUCUCCUACGACGACGAGGGCGGAGGCGAGGCAGACACGGCCGCCUUUGACAUGGCCACGCUGCAGAGCAUGCACAGGAUCCAAAACGUGCACAGGAACAUAUGGUACACACAACAGAGCGCGCCACCCCCGCGGGUCAGGACGUACAGCGUGACCCGUAACCCCCACCCGUGCCCGGAGCCCGAGCAGCGGCCCGGCUCGGCGCCCAUGUACGGGCGGCCGUGCUACGGGGUGCACACGCUGCCUUCCCUCCGGGACUACUACUAUCAGGCGGGACCGCUGCAGGCAGGCGUGCAGCUUCCUCCACCAGGGCGGCGCCACCCCGCCGCCGCUCCCAUCGUCCGGAACCAGCCGGCGCAGCGAGGCCCUCCCGAGGUGGGACGAGCUAGUGCGUUAGCGGCGCACACGCUGAGUCGGCUGACGGGCGGGACUGAAGAUGUAACAAAGAUGGACGCUGACACACACGAGCAGGACCGUGUUAAGCAGAUCACCCCAGCGGAGGUCCAGUCCGUGCCAAUCGGCGGUCCGGCCAGUCUGAGCUGCUCCGACCCGACGGGUUCUUCCUGCCAGAGUCCCAGCAGCUCUUCGGCCAACCAGACUCUGAUCAGCACCGGCGCCACCAGCUGCACCGUCGAGGACACCGACACCGACUGGUCGCUGCCGUCCAUUUCCGAGCGGAGUUACCCCAACGUAAAGCUUCCCGUUUUCCCAGCGACGGACACGUACAGCAUCGUUGGCUCGCUGAACGGAACCACGGCGACGACGACUCUACCCGGGACGAUCCCCGACAACCAUCGACCCGUACGAAUGGAGGACCUGCUCAACUUCCGCCUGAACCGGGUGACGUCCGACCCGUCGCAACCGCCGUACGACUCGCUGCAGACUUACGAAUUUGAGGGUCGCGACUCACGGGCCGAGUCGCUGAGCUCGCUGGGGAGCGAGGACGGGAAGGACGACGACGAGAGAGCCGAGAACGGAAAGGACCCGGACCCGGACCCGACGGCGGGAGGCAUGGAGGACCUCAACGUCAAGUUCCAGCGGCUGGUGGCGCUCAUCAGGGAGAGGAAGAGUCGCAAGGAGCAGGAAGCGGGCGACAAAGAACCCGCCCAGACCGACCGGGUCCAAGCUCCUCCUUCCCAGACCGCCGAGAUGCAAGAGAAGGCGGUACUGAGGUGGGACUUUUGAGGGAAAGCUUUUGCAUUGCCGCUUUUUGGAGGCCUCCCUGCGCAAGAACCCGGAGAGACGACAGGCCUGAUUUCCGAAAAGCCCAAAAUAGCGGACGCUAAAUUCCGCUUUCAUGGUUUUGAGCGUGGGAAAUUGCCGCAAAACGCAGCUCGAAGCGAUGGAAUUGGAAUUGUUGGUCGAGGAGGCAAACGACCAUGACUGAGAAAUCUAGCCGCCCGCUAAUUGCUUCAAAGCCACGUGCUAAUGGUCGCAAUGAUUUUUCAUUCAUUCAUUCAUCUUCCGAGCCGCUUGAUCCUCACUAGGGUCACUAGGGGGUGCUGGAGCCUAUCCCAGCUGUCUUCGGGCAGUAGGCGGGGGACACCCUGAAUCGGUUGCCAGCCAAUCGCAGGGCACAUAGAGACGAACAACAAUUCGCACUCACACUCACACCUAGGGACAAUUUCGAGUGUUCAAUCAGCCUGCCACGCAUAUUUUUGGAAUGUGGGAGGAAACCGGAGCACCCGGAGAAAACCCACGCAGGCCUGGGGAGAGGGCACACAGAAACGAACGACCAUUCACACUCACACUCACACCUAGGGACAAUUUAGAGUGUUCAAUCAGCCUGCCACGCAUAUUUUUGGAAUGUGGGAGGAAACCGGAGCACCCGGAGAAAACCCACGCAGGCCUGGGGAGAGGGCACACAGAAACGAACGACCAUUCACAUUCACACUCACACCUAGGGACAAUUUAGAGUGUUCAAUCAGCCUGCCACGCAUAUUUUUGGAAUGUGGGAGGAAACCGGAGCACCCGGAGAAAAGCCACGCAGGCCCGGGGAGAACAUGCAAACUCCACACAGGGAGGCCGGAGCUGGAAUCGAACCCGGUACCUCUGCACUGUGAAGCCCACGUGCUAACCACUGGACUACCGGGCCGCCUGCGCAAUGAUUUUUGUUUCUGUCAUUUUAAAACCGGUCCGCGCAAACGUAGACGAAGUCCUUUGCUGUCUUUUGCCCCAGUGACGGCGGCUAUUGGGUUACGCGAAGCGGCGCCGUUUGCAGCCGCCCGUCAGUCGCACCUUUCGAGAUGCAGAAUCGGAUAACCUGAAAGCAGAGCACGGCGCUUCACGAUCACCUCCCACCACUGCACAGAUCGUCUUUCACUUUACACACGGCGGGCAUUUUGAAUAAUGCACUCGGGUUUUCGACACGAAACCGAUGGAAAAAAAUGCACAUCGAUUUGCAAUAUUCACUUCCAGCACGGCCGUGAAAAUCUGCCACGUUGGAAAAUGGACCCUCGUCAAUUAUUGAGCGGGAGCAUGAUAUUGAAUAUGAAUUGGACUGAUCUGAUUGGUUGUCACUGUUGAAGCCUGUUGUGUUCUUUUGUCAAAAGUUCCAUAAAACAACAACCUUGUGCAGAUUAAAAAAAAAAACUGUUUACUGCUGUCGCUGAUUUUGGAUCGUGAGUCGUCAAUCGGUUGCAUGGGGAGGGGACGUGGGGGGGUUGAGGAUGAUGCAUACCGAACAAUGAUUCCUUUCCACGAAAUCUGCAGAUUACUUUUUUUCCUUCCUUCCUUGCUACACAGGAUUUUAAAAAAAAUGCACAUCCCUCUUCAAAUGCCAGAGAUAAAUCCUUGAAAAAUGUACACAUAUUUUGUUUUUGCAAUAGAUCCACCGUAUCAAAACUAGUGAGCCCUCAUUUUGUGUGUGUGUGUGUGUGUGUGUGUGUACAAGUAAUAAUACGAUGUGAUGAUUAAACAUUUAUUCUGUUUCAGUGUCGUAACGGCCCUCCGAGAAAAGAUGUAACUCCAAAGUGGCCCGCGACAAAAAAUGAGUUUGACACCCUUGCUUUAAUGAGUUCCCUCAACACCAAAAGCAUAUGAAGAUAUUUAUUUUUUUCUGCAGCUGUUUGGAGCAAAAUCCAUUCCUUUUGCCCACAGCUUGAAGGCAAACUGUUCAUGUAGAAGUUUACAUUCCACAGGCACCCUUCAAAAGUAAUUAUUCGCUCACCCCCCACCCCAAGGGACUGUUAAUCAAGUAGCACUCAUAACAAUGAUGACGCGUUCACGGCAAAUUUGAUAGCGGAUUUUCUGUGUCAUCAGAGUUACGAAGGAGGCAGCGAGACGCCAGGUGGAAGCCGUUUUAGGUGCAGGAUGUAAACUAAGGUAAAAAAAAAUUAUGUAAAAUUUAUUGAAAACCAAAUUGUUUGUCAACUGAGUUGUUCGUAGACUAAGAUUCCACUCUUGUAGGUCGUCGGGUAGAAA